UCGAGGUUUUUGGCAUAUCCGAGGGCAAAGAUGUCCGCCGAUGUAAUACAGCAGAAUAUUAUUAGUUGGUCGGUCGGCCGUGUUUGUGAGUAAAUAGCAGCUGAAUGCGCAGCGCGAUUCUGUGACGGUGUGCUGACGUGCGAAGAGCAACAAAAAUAAUUUUGUCAUUGGACCGAAGAGAGCCGCAAAGAUGGGUCUCUUCCCGACUUCCUCGCCUUUUGACGCUGACGUCGAAAAAGCAACUAAUGAGAACAAUGUAACGGAGGAAUGGGGAAAGAUAAUGGAUAUCUGUGACAAAGUAGGCACAUCGAGUCAGAAUGCUAAAGACUGUUUACGUUCCAUUGUUAAGAGAUUAUACUGUCAAGACCCACAUGUUGUCAUGCAAGCUAUAACAUUGUUAGAUGCUUGCGCCAGUAAUUGUGGAAAGAUCUUCCACUUGGAAAUUGCGUCCAGAGAUUUUGAAAAUGAUUUGAGAAAACUCAUUAAUCAUCCACAACCAAAAAUAGUGGAGAAAAUCAAAGCGCUUUUGAAGAAAUGGGUAGAAGGUGACUUUAAAACUGAUCCACAAUUGAAUCUGAUACCAAGUUUGUACAACAAACUCAAAAGUGAAGGCCAUGACUUUUCUUCUGUCUCAGAUACACCAAAACAUUCUAGUGCUUUGAGCAGAGAUCCUAAUGUAGUAACAAAUUCACAAGAAGAAGCAGAUAUUGCGAAAGCCAUACAGCUUUCAUUACAAGAAAGUAAAGCACAUACUCAAAGCACUUCAUCGCAUAGUUCACCAGCCUCUAAAAAAAGUACUAGUUUAUAUCCAAGUGUGAAUUCUGUGAUGGCAUCCACAAGUACUUCGGAAGGUAGAAAAGUACGCGCUUUAUAUGAUUUUGAAGCUGCAGAGGAUAAUGAACUGACAUUUUUAGCAGGAGAAAUAAUUAAUAUUUUGGACGAUUCUGAUCCAAAUUGGUGGAAGGGUAGCAAUCAAAGAGGCGAAGGACUUUUUCCUUCCAAUUUUGUUACUGCUGAUUUAUCUGUUGAACCAGAAGAAUUUACUAAAUUAGAACAUAGUAAUAAGAAAUUAGUGCAAUUUGCCGAAGAAGUAGAAGUAAAAAUGGUAAAACGCGAGCCAGAGGUGGUAGAAGUUGAAAUAGAUGAAAAGAAAAUGGAUAGAUUAUUACAUCUGUUUCAUGAAGCUGAUCCACAAUGUGAUACGUCCGAUCCUCAGGAAAUGCUUGAUUUAGAAGAACAAGUUACUGCAAUGGGGCCUCUAAUCGAUGCAGCUUUGGAGAAGGUAGACAGGCGGCACGCGCAGCUUACUCAAUUAAGUUCCGAUUUGGUCGACGCUCUUAAUUUGUACCAUACUUUGAUGAGAGAACCCGCGCCUCCAACGCCGUCUGGUUACACUUUGCCCAAAAUGCAACCACAUAUAAAUCCUUAUCCAUUCCACAAUCCGGGACCACCACCACCACAUAUGUUUAACGGCAUGCCACCUUCUCCGUUCCCCACCGGAGCCGGUUCUGGCCCGAUAGGGCCGUAUAACGCGAGCUUGCCGAAUAAUGAGUAUAUGGGUCCUAUCAGUAUACCGAGCAUGCCUCAACAUUUGCCACAACAUUUUCACGUUCAAUCAGGACCUCAUCAACAUCCGCCUGGACAUCCACAGGGGCCAUCUCUGCCACCACCAGAUCAAACUAGCCUUUCUUAUCAACCACAAGGCAGAUAUCCAUCUCAGAGCGGCCCAGCACCAGGACCAUAUGGUCCACCUGGGCCUAUAGGACCGUCUGUAAACCAGCAAUCGCAAUAUGCUUCUCCAAAUGGACAACACAUGAUGUAAAAAAAACUAUGCGUUACGCAUUCAUCUUGUACUCUAACUCAAACUCUGUACAAUAUAUAUUACUAUAUUAUAAUUAUUUAAAUAAACAUACCCAAAGUAGCCAAAGAUAAUGGGUUUUUAAUAAAAAUUUUGUUUGAAUCUACAUAGGCACUAUUGUUUAGAUGCGUAUAUACAACUAGAAGAAACAAAAGCAGAAAGUGACUUACAUUGUCUACAUCACAUUUAGAUUAAUUUUGUGAUCAUUAGAUAUUUAUUGUUUAGACUGUUCAAUUUUAGUUUAUACAUUCCUUUGGCCCGUUUGGUUUCCGUUAUUAUUAUUUUACAUAUUUGAUUUAUUAUUAAAUGUUUCAUUGUGCAUUAUAUAUAUUUUAAAUAUACUUGUAUUAUUAUAUUAUAUAUAUCAUGAAAAUUAAUUCUGCAUACUCUUUGUGUUCUAUAUUUGAAUUGUAAACUUUGUCAUAUAUGUGUUAUAAAUUGUAAAUUUCUUUUUUUAAAUAAUAAGUUCUUGCAAAGUCAUAAAAUAUAUGACGGUUUUGGAAUUUGUAUAUGAAUGAAAAGUUCGAAUAUUUUAUAGUUUUUUACUCUGCUAUUAAACCUCGAAGUAAUCGCCAAACUACAGUGUGAUUACUAAAAACGAAGUGAUAUUAAAGAGAUGUUAUAAUCACAAAAAAAUGUUAAAACGCUUAUAAUUGUCGAACAAUGGUGAAAAUGAUUUUUGAAACAACUUUUGCAAGAAAACGUCUCAAUGUGGUCUAGUCUAUCCGUUGUAUACAAUAAGACUAAUUCCUAUUAAUCGUUAAUAAAACGAGCGAAACUGCGAGAAACUUUUUAUGGAUUGUUAAUACAUAAUAGAUACGCAUAAUGUUUGUAUAUUCAUGACGAAACGUCCUGCUUUUGUCGAAUGUAACGAAAACGGCCAAUAUUUUUCGGGCUGAUAUUUUGAACACAUUAAAGUUAUGACAUCAUGUGUGUCUGUCAUUUUUCAAGAAUACAAGGCAUAUUGAUAUGAUUGGUCAAUACUUUUGGCUUCUAAUAAAAGCGAUAUAGUAAAGGAACGGAAAAAAAGAACAUGUAAAAGGGAUACACAAUGGCACACAAAAUACGUGCAAGACUUAUGCCUCAAACUUAGAUAAAAGUAUAAUUUAAGGCAUAAUUUAUGAGGCAGAAUAUAUCGAAAUUUAUAACAAUCGUAUACUGUAUACUAUAUCUCUCUGAGCGAAUAAAGACGGAACGAAAUAUAAAUUAAGCGAUAAAAAUAAUAAACAGAUUUUAUGGAGAAUAAGCGCAAUUUAUGCUAUGUAUGUUAUGUUACCAUUAAACUGGUUUUAUUUAUAUAA